AUUCUGCUUCGGUGAAAUCAUCCAAUUUGUCUUCUUUGAAUCGGUUUGGAGUGCCGAUGGGAGGAAAGAAAGCUAAGGGAUUCGGAAGAGUCCCCAGGAAAGCAUUUCAACGAAAAAUGUAUGUAGAAAAUGCUUUACUCAGAGAAUCAAGGAAGAUGUCACAUGCUAGGAACAAAUACAUUACAAACAUGCUAGAGAACAUCUCUGUGGCAGACAAAGUUGUGCAAUCAAGAAAAUCCAAUCAAAGCCUUAGAGCAAAAGAGCACAAACUUGGAGUCCUGACUCCUCUCGCAACAAACAGAUUCGUGAAUACAGACUUUUCAAAUCCUGAAUCUAUUGAUCCAAGACUAAAGACCUUAUCAGCUGCCGGGUUGACGACCAGCACUGAACUUCAGUUAAUAAACAAGGAGCUAGGGAUCCAUCACAGACAAUUUUUGAGGACGGAAAUGAGGGAGCCUAAGAUGAAGUUAAUGCAUAUCCAAGACCCUAAUAAUAAAGCUUUGAAGUCAGUCCAAAAGAUUACUCAAAAUCUGACGAAAUUAAAUGCCCACAGCCAGUCUAAUUGGAGUCAAAGAGAUUUGACAAAAAAGCUGUUAUCAGCUCCUUCUAAUAUUAGUAGGAAUUAUGAAAAAGAUGUUAAUACGAGCAACAAUGAGACAUUGAUUUUGAAUGAGCUCAAACCACAUAUGAGAUAUGAUGAUGUUGCAUCCGGCUCUCCAGUUAAACAAGAUGAGAGAUUAUCAAGGCUUAGGAAGGAAUAUGGAUUCAUUGAUAGAAAUAACCCUCAAAUAAAGACUCUUAAUGACAAGGGGAAAUCUACUAACCCUAAGGAGACAUCGAAGACUGAUAAUAUCAAGAUCCUUGAAUCUAACACUGCUAGGGCUUUAAAUCAAGACCAGAAGAUUAACUAUCUAAUUUUAAAAGAAAGUAAACAUAAGAAGACAGAUGUUCUAGGCCAGAAGUCCAAGAAACCUCCCCAAAAGCUCAACAUUUUCAUGACUCCUUUUAAGACGACUUAUAAUUGAAAUUCUCAGUCUAAUAUCAUUUGGAGUGAUUUCUCAAAGCCAAAGCAUUCAGAGACUAGUCAGAUAAGUAUGAAUGGGAGAUCUUCCACUAUUGAUCCUUUGAACCCCAUGAGAGCCUUAAAAACUCCGAAGAAGUUAAAUAUCACAAAUCCCAAAGUAUUUAAGAAGAUAAAUGGAAUCAGUGAAUUUCAUCAAAUCACCCACUCUUUUAACUCGAAUGCCAAUAAGGACUACCUGAAAGCUCUAGCAGAGAGGAAACAUUUCAGAAGACCCAAAGGAAUGUGCUCUGAGUUUGCAAAGUUGUCCCAGUCCCAGCCAAGAUAAGUAGUUGAUUGAUAUUUGUUCGCAUCAA